UUCCGCCUCCUCUAUUCUCUUCUCUUCUCUUCUAACCUCAAAUCUGAUUUCUUUUCUUCACUUUGUCUUCUCCCCUGGACUUCGAAAACCAGCUUCUUGCUCGCUCGCCAUCGCCGAAAGCUACCUGUUAUCUCAAGAGAAGUUCGAGGAUCGUGUUAGGAGAGGAAUAUGGAGGAGGUUUCUAGUGAGGAAGUUUUGGAAGAAUCAAGAUCAUAUGAGCAAGUAGAGAAUGGAGUUACAUCUACUUCCCCCACUUUCUGGGAUAUGGAUGAUGAUAAUGAUGGAGGACCAAAAACUUCCGAGUUGUAUGGAAAUUAUACGUGGAAGAUAGACGAUUUUUCCACUAUUAACAAGAGAGAGCUUCGUAGUAAUGCAUUUGAGGUUGGCGGCUAUAAAUGGUACAUCUUAAUUUACCCUCAAGGUUGUGAUGUCAACAACCAUCUUUCGUUGUUCCUCUGCGUGGCCAAUCAUGACAAACUUCUUCCUGGCUGGAGUCAUUUUGCACAGUUCACAAUAGCUGUGGUGAAUAAAGAUCCAAAGCGAACUAAGUACUCUGAUACAUUACAUCGAUUUUGGAAGAAGGAGCAUGAUUGGGGCUGGAAAAAGUUUAUGGAGCUGUCUAAAGUCUUGGAUGGGUUCACUGAUGGAAAUUCUCUAACCAUUAAAGCUCAAGUACAAGUAAUUAGGGAGAGAGCAGACCGACCUUUCCGCUGCCUUGGUUGUCAGUAUAGGAGAGAACUAAUUCGAGUAUAUUUGACAAAUGUAGAGGCAAUAUGUCGCCGCUUUGUGGAAGAGAGAAGAAGUAAGCUUGGAAACUUGAUCGAAGAUAAAGCAAGGUGGUCAAGCUUCUGUACUUUCUGGAGUGGGAUUGACCAGAAUACUAAGCACCUCAUCUCAAGGGAGAAAUCUGAUGCUGUUCUGAGGGCGGUUGUUAAAAAUUUCUUUAUAGAAAAGGAAGUUAGCUCGACCUUGGUAAUGGAUUCCCUGUACAGUGGACUGAAAUGUCUUGAGUGGAUGAGCAAGAACAAGAGAUCUAGGGAAAAGUCAACAAGUACGGGAGAGUUGGUGGUUCCUAUGGUUCUCCUUGAGAAGGAUAUGUUUAUUCUAGUGGAUGAUGUGUUGCUGCUAGUUAAGAGGGCUGCUAUAGAGCCCUUGCCUCCAAAGGAUGACAAGGGUCCUCAGAACCGUACAAAGGAUGGAUGUUCAGAAGAGGACUUGAUAAAAGAUUCCAUUGAGCAUGAUGAGAGUCGGCUUACAGAAUUGGGUCGUAGAACUAUUGAAAUAUUUGCACUAGCCCAUAUAUUCAGUAAAAUUGAAAUUGCAUACCAGGAAGCCGUUUCUUUGAAGAGACAAGAAGAACUUAUUCGUGAAGAGGAGGCUGAGGCAGCCUCCCUGGCUGAGUCUGAGCACAAAGCAAAACGUGGCAUUGAUAGGAAGAAGAAAUCAAAGAAGAAGCAGGGAAAACAAAAACGAAAUGGUCGGAAAGCAAAGGGUGGUAAAGGGAGGGACGAAAAGGCCAAUCUAGUGGUUGAAGAUAAGCUACUUGAAAUAAGUGAUCCACAUGGCAUAAAAGACCUGACAUUGGAGGCUGAAUGUGGCUAUGAAAAUCCCAUUACAGUGGAUGACAUUUCCGAUUUGUCUGAUUCAUUAGAUUGUGUUACUGAAGUUCUUCAAGCCGAUUCAGAUGGCAGAGGCUCUAGUCCUGUCUGCUGGGACACAGAGUCUAUCAACAGUGAAGUAACAAUUCUUGAUUCCAGUCAAAAUGGAAAAGGAGAAAGAAGGAUUCCAUCAUCCAUGGAUGACAGUUCAUCGACUUGUUCUACCGACUCGGUUCCUUCAGUGGUGAGAAAUGGAUUCUCACAAACAAAUCAAGGAACUCAAAAAUCGCCUGUCAGGAGGAACCAUCUGGAUGAGACCAAAGAUGCUGAACCAGAUUGUGUUCCACAAUCUUUUCCAGAGCAAACAAAUUCGCCCGAUCAGCCUGUUGUCAAGAAGGAAGAGGUAACGUCUUCUGUUGAUUCGGGAAUACCCUCCAAAGAAACGACAACAGGACAUUCCCCUCCAAGCAGUCCACCACAAAAUCUCGUAGCGAACAAUGUUUCAGUGGGAAAGCGACCUAUGUCUGCUGGUCCAACUCGAUGCACAUCCAAACCGGAUUUAGGAGAAGUUAAAGAACAGAAGCCUAUAGAAAAGCCCUCAGUAGUUCAGCAUGUUCCUGUUAUCCCUUCAUUCGAGACCCCACUGCCCCUGCUAGAACGUUCAGUUAGUGCAGCUGGUAGGUUAGGAUCUGCCCCAAGCUAUAUUCCCCAAUCAUAUCCGAAUGCCAUAAUGGGUGUUUCUGCCGGUUUUCCUCAAUAUUAUCCACCUCCCGAUUUAAGAAAUCCAUCGUUUGGAAUGAGGGGACCACCCCAUAGUCACAAUAGUUUGUCAUCUCAUUCUUAUAUCAUUAGCGGUUCCGAGACAGGGCAACAAACCACCCAGAAUGCUGCUGCCAUGUUGGAAUUCCCGCACUUGGACAUCAUUAAUGACCUGCUUGAUGACGAGAAUGGAAAUGGAAGUGUUUCUGGUUUCGUUAACAACGGACCAUAUCACAAUCUGAACCGUCAAUUUUCUUAUCCAGCAUAUACAAGAACGUGGGGUGGUGAUAUGGACACCUCAUCAACGCCGAGUUACCAUGACUAUGUUUCAUCUCCACCACUUACAAAUCAGAGACACGGGUUUGUGGGAAACCAAUGGCGUCAGAUUGGUGAGCCUCACCUAACCAUGAUGAUGGGGAUGAGGAAUAAUGAACCGGAUGUGUUAUCUUAUGGUGGUAUUCCGGAUUAUAAUCUUCCCUACUCGCGUUUUCUUUCCGGGAAUGGUUUAUACCGCCCUUCGAAUGGAUACUGACUUAAUCGUUGAGAAAUCCUAUGCCCUGUAAAUUGGCUAGGUGAUUUUAUCUUUGUAGUAGUAGUAUGUAACAAGCUUUAAUUGGUCUUUUCUAGAUUUGAAGUGAAGUGAUAAUCUUUUUUUUUUUUUGGCUUAUCAACUUGUGAUAUUAUAGUGUAAAAGAAAUUAAAUAAUGUUUCCCUUUGCUA